GGGGCUGGCGGAGCCCGGACCGGAGCCGAGGGGCAGAGCCAGGCAGCAGCCUGGGCUGAGGCGGCUGGCGCUGCGUCCCUGCGAGAUGGACGGGGCAGAAGGCAGUGCUGGGCAGCCCGGCCCCGCCGAGCGGUCCCAUCGAAGCAGCGUGUCUUCCGUGGGAGCCCGAGCAGCUGAUGUGCUGGUGUAUCUGGCUGAUGACACUGUGGUGCCCCUGGCUGUGGAGAACCUGCCAUCCCUCAGUGCCCAUGAGCUGCACCGCACCAUCCGUGAGGUCCUGCAGCUCCCAGACAUUGCCCUGGAGACCUUUGCACUCUGGCUAGUCUCCCCUCUGCUGGAGGUGCAGCUGAAGCCCAAGCACCAGCCCUACAAGCUGGGCCGCCAGUGGCCAGAGCUGCUGUUGCGCUUCACUGAUGCCCCGUUCGAUGACGUGGCCACAGAUGAGCCUUCCCUGCAGUUCCGAAGGAACGUGUUUUUCCCAAAGCGACGGGAGCUCCAGAUCCACGACGAGGAGGUCCUGCGGCUGCUCUAUGAGGAGGCCAAGGGCAAUGUGUUGGCGGCACGGUACCCAUGCGACGUGGAGGACUGCGAGGCCCUGGGCGCCCUGGUGUGCCGCGUGCAGUUCGGGCCUUUCCAGCCUGGCCAGCCUACAGCCUGCACCCUGAGGGAGCAGCUGGACUCCUUCCUCCCUGCCCACCUGUGUAAGCGGGGCCAUGGGCUCUUCGCUGCCCUCCGGGGCCGUGGGGCCAAGGCUGGGCCCAGCGAGCAGGGCCUGCUCAACGCCUACCGCAAGGUGAAGGAAGAGGCCAGCGCCAGCGAGCGCGAGGCUUCCCUGAGGACCCACUACCACGCCUACCUCACCAAGUGCCACGAGCUUCCCUACUAUGGGUGUGCCUUCUUCCACGGCGAGGUUGACAAGCCAGCCCAGGGCUUUUUGCACCGGGGCAGACGGAAGCCAGUGACUAUAGCCAUCAGUCUGGAGGGUGUACAUGUCAUCGACAACAGGGAGAAGCACGUCCUGCUGGGCCUGCGUUUCCAGGAGCUGUCCUGGGACCACACGUGCCCCGAGGAGGAGGAGGAGCCUGUCCUGUGGCUGGAGUUCGAUGGGAACAGCGAGGGCAUACCAGUCAACAAGCUCCUCAAGAUCUACUCCAAGCAGGCUGAACUGAUGAGCAGCCUCAUCGAGUACUGUAUCGAGCUGAACCAGGCCUCAGAGCCCGCCGUCCCCCAGGACAGUGCCUCCGGCCCCGCCUCGGUCCCUGGCUCCUUGCCCCCUCCCACUCAGCGACCCCAGCUGCGGAGACAGGGCAGUGUGGUGUGCAGCCGGAUCCAGCACCUCUCCACCAUCGACUAUGUGGAGGAGGGCGAGCAGAUCAAGCCGGUGAAGCCAAAGCGCAGCACGUCCUUCUUCAGCCGGCAGCUCUCCCUGAGCCAGGGGAGCUACACAGCGGUGCAGCCCACCGAGAGCCUAGAGCAGAGCUGAGGAAGCGGUGCCAGCAGGAGAAGGGCGGGGGGGGGGCAGGCUGUGGCCCUCAAGUUGGGGAGGAAGGCUACCUUGCAGCAUGGAGCAGUGACUUCUGUGCCUGGGACAGUGCCUGGGCUGUGCAGAGCUGGCUCAGGGAUCCCACACAGCCCCUCUCACAGCCUGUCUGCCCUUCCCUUGAACUCUGGGUCCGACUGCCAUCUCAGGACCAUCUGAUCAGGCCCCAGUCUCCUCCUUUCACCCAGUGGUCACCUGUGUGUCCCCUCAAGAUGGACAGUGUCCCCUGCACCUAAGUCCCCACUGGUCGCUCCCAUGGCAGGAGGCCAAGAAGUAGGGCUCGGAACCUGCAGGUCAAGUGUGUGUCUUUGGUCUGUUCCCUGGACUUUGGUGACCACAUCCCGGCAUUCCUUUGGCCUGCAUCCCCACACACACUGCCAGGCGGGGCCAGCACUGUAGGGGUAGGACGGGGCCUCCCAGAGUUGAACCAUGGCAGACCCGGAAGGAGAGGCCCCACUCAUGCCCUCCCUGGCUGGGUGGGACUGCAGGGAGCUGGGCAGGACCCCGCUCAGGGGGCCCUGUGCCCCUCACUCAGGCCUCUCUUGCUGGCAGGAGAUACUCUGACCAGAAGGAAAGUGCCAUUUUGCUAGCUUUUGGUGAUGUCACUGUGCUGGAGGUGGCUGUCCUGUAACCAGCACCCACUCCACACUCAAAGAAGUUCACAAACACCCAUGGGCUUUGGGUUUUAGUUUUGGUCUUUUCUCAUCAGCUUUGGUUCCAAGAAGCCUGUGAACUCUGGGGCAACUAGAGAGAACCCCACCACCUCAGAGCUACUGGCUCCCCUCAGAGGUGGUGCUGUGCUUUCCCUCUGGCCUGACCCUGGGGGCUGGCCCAUGCUGGGAAGUCCCACCCCAACAGCAAGUCUCCUCUUUUCUUGGAAACAAAUGACAUGACAGUGAAUGUGGUGCUGGAUGGGGCCAGCCCAGGAGGAGUUCCUUCCCAGCCCUUGGGCUCCUCUGUGGUGGGGCCUGGCUCUGGGUGCUUCUUGGGACUUUCCGCUGGAAAGAGGUGGCCUGCCCAGCACAGGGCUGCCUUUGUCUCCCCUUCUUGGUGGGAACUGUGGGUGAAGAAAUGCGAACCGCUUGGCUCCAGAUGCCAGAGCCCAUCUCCUCCUCUGGUGGCUUUUGAACAUACCAGGUGUUGAGGUGGGCUUGCCUUCUGGCAGCAGGGACUUCAUUAUUUGUCGUAAUAAAUAGGUGUCUCAGCCUUUUGGAAUGUCCCAGCCAGAGUAUACCUUGUCUCUUCUCCUGGAGUCACCCUCACUGGCUGCCCAGCCCAUCUGGCUCCCAGCCCUCGGGUCCUCCCCUCUCACUCACAGUUUUGAUGCCAAGUGAAUUCUUAUCUGAUGGGCCCAGGGGCCUGUGGGUGUGGUGGGUGUGUGAGUACACAAAUUACUUGUUUUUACUCUUGUCUUUCCUUUGUUUUCUAAGCCUCCAUUGUGCCUUAACCUUUCCUGCCUACCCUUUGGGACAAAGCAGCAUUUUACUGAAUGUCCUUUGAAUAUUUUGAUUGUUUUGUACCACGUGAAUUAUUAAUAAUAAAAUCAGUUUCCAGUAAA